CUCGAGCGUCCGACACACAAAGGUUUGUUGUGUAACUGAAUGAGCGCUUUACUGUCGAAUUGUGUAAAUACUUAUUAGGAGGCAAUUGUAGGAGUUGCUACGUUCAUUAAGACAUUCUUGUGCGGAUUGAAGCAAAGGGAAAGGGCUUUACAUAAUUACGUUCAUGCUUUUUCACGUGAGAUGCUCCUUUAAAAGAAGGCUUCGUUUGAACACACUGAGGCACAUCCAGAGCGAGCGGACUGAAUAGAGGACUGUGAUUUCUGCACAGUUUGAGGUCAAAAUGGUGACGUCUUAUCCAUUACCGGAGGGAUUCUCCGACUUCGACGUGUUCUCCCUCGGAUCUUGUCUACUCGUGGAGGGUCUCCUCGGGUUCUUCCUGAAUGCUGUCACCGUUGUUGCUUUUCUCAAAAUAAGAGAAUUACGGACCCCGAGCAAUUUUCUUGUGUUCAGUCUGGCCAUGGCAGAUAUGGGCAUUUCUAUGAACGCCACUAUUGCUGCCUUCUCAAGCUUUUUAAGAUACUGGCCUUAUGGAUCAGAUGGAUGCCAAACCCAUGGCUUCCAGGGCUUUGUGACAGCUCUUGCCAGCAUCCACUUUAUUGCAGCUAUUGCUUGGGACAGAUACCACCAGUAUUGCACCAGAACAAAGUUACAGUGGAGUAGUGCCAUCACCCUGGUUAUCUUCAUCUGGCUCUUCACUGCCUUCUGGUCUGCCAUGCCUCUGGUUGGCUGGGGAGAGUAUGACUACGAGCCCCUGAGGACCUGCUGCACACUGGACUACAGCAAGGGAGAUAGGAACUACGUGUCUUACUUGAUCCCCAUGUCCAUCUUCAACAUGGGCAUUCAGGUGUUUGUUGUGCUGUCUUCCUACCAAUCCAUUGAUAAGAAAUUCAAGAAGACUGGACAGGCCAAGUUCAACUGUAGCACUCCUCUGAAGACCAUGUUGCUUUGCUGGGGCCCCUAUGGUGUCCUGGCUUUCUAUGCUGCAGUGGAAAAUGCUACCCUUGUCUCUCCUAAGCUAAGAAUGAUGGCUCCCAUUUUGGCCAAGACAUCACCUACUUUUAAUGUCUUUGUUUACGCCCUUGGAAAUGAGAACUAUAGAGGAGGAAUCUGGCAGUUGCUCACUGGGCAAAAGAUAGAGACUCCCGCUAUUGAUAACAAGUCCAAAUAAACUAACCAUUUCAUAAUCACAGUUAAUGUCCUGGUUGUUUCCCAUACAGGUAUGACCCAUGCUUAUUGGCUUUGUUUGCUUAUGUCAUCCUUGCUGUAUAUUUGUGUGCCAUAGGAAUGUUGAGUCUGUUUUGUGGUAUUUUUGGUCUGUUAUAUUUAAUAUGGAAAGUUUCAGAGAGUAAUAAAAUGCACACACUGACAUUUUGACAAAGCACAUUUUAUUCCUAAUGGAAAUUUGAAUGAACAGGGACCAAUGUUUUUCCAUAUCAUCUCAACGGACUUAUAUUUUGCCAUCAUUCAAAAGGGUUAAGCGGCUUCCAUAUAUCCUGUUGAAUCUACUCGUAAUCAUACAGUAUAACCUAUUUUUUAACGUAUAAGGUUGCUGGUAAACUGUUCAAAGAUUUUAUAAUUGCAAGUACUGUAAUACUGUAGAUCAGAACUACCUUUAAAAAUGUCCACAUCACAUAAAAACACGUGACGCCACUGAAAUAAACAGAAAUUACCAAUAUCAUAAUUUGCGCAGUACUUUUAAAUCUACAACUAUGUUAAUAACUCAUGUUAUCCAGAAUUUACAUUUUGACGCACCCAGAAAAUGUAUGGUGUACUUUAUUUUCCAAAGGGUAAAAUUACGUGCUUUGAAAUGAGGUCUACAUCAAGCUUAUAGGACAGAAUUAGGCAAGCAGCAUUUUCUAAUCCCAGUAACAACAGAGGGUUUUCAUGAAAACACAUUCCCCAGAGCACAAGAUUAGUCAAAAGGGAAAAAAAAACAAUUACACAUGAGAC